AGUCUCUGCGCUUGCAGUUGUUGAAUUUCCUCUCGCGGCUGCUAAAAUUGAGUGCGCUGAAGAAAGUCACGCUUGCGAAAACCUUCCUCGUAUGUGUGAGUUUUUGCACUAAAAUAACGCCAUAUUCACCGAACUGCAACCAUGGCGUACGGGGCAAGCUUUGGAACUUUAAUGAUACUGUUAACAGUGGUCCAGCCACUGGUAAAUGCAGCAAGUCAAAAUGUGAACAAGGAGUUGUCAAACAUUCUGAAUGAGCUGUGGAAACUGGAUAAGAACCGCUUGUCACCAGGGACAGACUACACCAUCUCUCUGCAGGGGAAAGCAGGCUGUGUUACCCGUGGAGGCACCUAUGCAAAGGAUUUUGCCUCAAAACCCCUCUUCUCCUAUGUUGAUGAGAAUAAGCUUAGCACCAUAACCACGUAUUCCUGCUUCAUGAAGCUACUGGAUAACUAUGUGAUGGCCACAGGCAAGGCUAAGAGAAUCACCCCAGAGGAUGUCACGGAGAACAACAAGUUCCUAGACGCCAUCUUGGAGACUGAGGUUAUGAAGAGAGCACACAAGUACCUGGUGGAAAAACGCCAGGCACGGGCUAGCCAGAGGGAUUUCAAGACCGACCUGUAUGAAAUGUGGUUCCGCCUCUACAGAGACCAAUAUGGGCGUGCUGAGUCCAGUGGAUUUAAGCAUGUGUUUGUUGGAGAGACCAAAUUUGGCAGAGAGAUCAUGGGCCUCCACAACUGGGUCCAAUUCUACAUGGAGGAGAAAAACAAGCACCUUGACUACAAAGGAUACAAAGCCUCACGCAAUGAUGUGCCGGAUGCAGAUGAUCAUGUCCUGAACACACAGUUUAGCUGGCAUGGCCUGAUCAAGCCAGUGGGGAGCGUCUUCAUUGGGGUCAGCCCUGAGUUUGAGAUGGCCAUCUUCACCAUCCUCUUCCUCACCUCUACGGCUAAGUCUUCCACCGCUGUGGUGAACCUGGAUGAGUACCAGUUGGAGCUGGUGGUGUACAGGCAUGGCCGCUCCAUCGGCACUGCCUAUCCAAAGCUGCUGAGCAGCAACAACAGGCAUCUGUAGAUGCGUCUCCUGUUGAACCCCACUUGCAUCACUUCUGUAGAGCCACAACUUAGCCUCCUUCUACCCCUGUCACUCAUCUGUUAGCCAUGCCUGAGACCAAGCUGCAUUUAAAUCAUUCAGUUAUGGUUGAAAGGUAAUGUUUAAGUGCUGAGGUUAAGUGCUGUGCAUCUUAAGAUCUUCAAUAUAAUCUUCAAUAUGUUAUCAAUAGUAGAUUUGUCAUGUCUGUUGCUUUCCAGCCCAAGAUGUUCUUGAAUAGCUUGCCCUGUCAGCUGUGCCCAGCAGCACAUUUACGCAAUACAGCACUGACAGCUAUGGUUCUCUUAUUCGUUUCUGUGUAUGAAUUGAAGAACCUAAGGUUUUGUGAGAUCUGUUAUCUGAGACUCUCUCCCCUUUGCAGCGUGGAUAUAGAGGUAAGCGUUGAUGUGGCUACAAAAAGACAGUGCCAGUACAAAGACAUCUGUGUCUUCAUCCGGAUGGCAUUUGCUGCCAUGUGCCAUGAUGACUGUCACAUUGCCAAUUACAGUCUUUGCAGAUGUAUUCCAGUGUUCAAAUACAUCAUUUUGCAAAUUAUCAUUGUUUCCCCCCACAUGCCAAACAUUUUUUUCCAUUGUUUAUCCCUGUUCUGCCUGUGUAAUUUGUAAUUUGACCAUGUAAUUGGGAAUGUGACAGCCAUCAUGGCACAUGGCAGCAAAUGCCAUGCCAUCCAAAUGAAUACCACCGUAGAAAUUCAAGAGCUCAAGGAGCUUGAAACUAUCCAAGAAGAGGCAGACACCAGGAUGCUGUUGCAUUCCGCUCAUGCCUCAAAAACAUGGACCAACAUUGUGAUGAAGAGCCCAGACACAGAUGUAUUUGUUCUGCCACUAAUUUGUCUUUGUAUGGUGAAGACUGAUAUUUAAUGACGAACCCAAGUAACGGUACCCAUUAAACUUGUUUUGAUUAAAUACUAGUGGUGAUUGUGGCAUUUGACCCCGAUCACUUUAUUUAUUCCAGAAAAAAUAGUCAGUUCUCGGACAUAGUCGCUGUUAUCUGCCAGUAGGUAACAUAUCUAGCUACUAGCUAGCUUUAGAUUCCUGCGCUAGCAAGAAGCCUUUGCUUGCUAACUGUUGUAGCUAGCUCUUGCUGCUGAGUUUUCAAAGUUGACUUCAAUGUUUUAAUGUCAUUUAUUCCAUGAUCAGGGUGUUUUCACGGCUUUCAACACUGCAAGCUACAACAGUUAGCAAGCAAAGGCUUCUUGCUAGCGCAGGAAUCUUCUGAAUCUUAGAUCAGCAGUAGACUAGCUAGCAACUUAACAAUAACAUGAGAGGACAAGCCACGUUCGCAACUAACUGUAAGAAUGAUGAACAAAUUCAAUAAAAUUAACUUUGUGACUGAAA